AAGAAGAAGAAGGAGAAGGAGGAGAAAAAGAAGGAGAAGAAGGAGGAGGAGGAGAAAGAGAAGGAGAGGAAACGGGAGAAAAUGGAGAAAAAGGAGAAGAAGGAGAAAGAAAAGGAGAAGGAGAAGGAGAAGAAGAAGUAAGAGGAAGAAGAGGAGGAGAAGGUGAAGAAGGAGAAGGAUAAUAAGAGGGAGGCGGAGGAGCAGGAGAAGGAGAAGGAGAAGACGAAGGAGAAGGAGAAGAAGAAGGAGAAGGAGCGGGAGGAGGAGGAGAAGGAGAGGGAGGAGAAGGAGCAGGAGGAGGAGAAGAAGAAGAAGAGGGAGGAGGAAGAGGAGGAGCAGGAAGAGGAGGAGGAGAAGAAGAAGAAGAAGAAGAAGAAGAAGAAGAAGAAGAAGAAGAAGCAGCAGGAGCAGGAGGAGUAG